AUGUCUUCCGACGGCGAAGACUUUUACUACGAUGACGCCGACGACGGCUUUGGGCAGGACGACGACAUCAUGGACGACAUCGACUCCGAGUCUGAGCCCGACGUCUUUGACGCUUUGAGCCCCACCAUCGAGGAGGCCCCUUCCAAGAAGCCUUACGAUGUGUCGUACAAGGUCCGCUCGCCUCAGGAGCUCCUUGACAUGCAGAACAAGGAGAUCAAGAAGAUCCAGACGCUACUUGAGGUUCCUUCAUCCGCAGCAGCCACUCUUCUCCGUCACUACGCUUGGAAUGCCGAAAAGCUCCAGGAAGAGUUCUGGACCGACUCUGCAAAGUCCCUUGCGGACUCUGGGCUCUCCCCUCCUGGCUCUCCCAGUACCUCAAUCGCGUCGCUUCCUCCCCGCUCCACUCGCCAGACUCGCAGUUCCCACCAGGAGCCCUUUGACUGUCCUAUCUGCUGUGACGACUUCCCGGCGUCCCAGUUUGAGGAGAAGACGUUUGCCCUCGGCUGUGGACACCGUUUCUGCCGCGGCUGCUGGCAAGAGUACCUCACAGGCAAGGUCAAGGGCGAGGGCGAGAGUGCGCGAGUCCAGUGCAUGGAGAGCGGCUGCAACCGCGUCGUGAGGGAGGAGGCUGUGAACGAGCUGGUCACGUCCGACGUUUCGGCAAGGUACCACGAGUUGCUGAAUGCCGCCUUUGUCGCCGACUCGCCAAAUCUUCGCUGGUGCCCUCACCCCAGCUGCGAGUAUGCCAUCGAGUGUUCGCAGGCGCCUCCCCGUAUGCUCAACCAGCUCGUCCCUACUGUUGUCUGCCACUGCGGCAACGACAUGUGUUUCGGGUGUGGCUACGCUGCCGACCACCGUCCUGUCCUCUGCAAGAUUGUCAAGCUCUGGGAGAAGAAGUGUGCCGACGACUCGGAGACGGCCAACUGGCUCAACGCCCACACCAAGGAGUGCCCCAAGUGCCAGUCGACGAUUGAAAAGAACGGUGGUUGCAACCACAUGACCUGCAAGAAGUGCAAGGGCGAGUUUUGCUGGGUGUGCAUGGGCCCUUGGUCCGAGCAUGGUACCAGCUGGUACCAGUGCAACCGCUUUGACGAGAAAUCUGGUAUCAAUGCCCGUGAUGCCCAGGCCAAGAGCCGCGCGAGCCUGGAACGCUACCUCCACUACUUCAACCGCUGGGCGAACCACGAGCAAUCGGCCAAGCUCGACGCCGAGUUCUACAAGAAGACUGAGAAGAAGAUGGAGCAGAUGCAGAACAGCGGAAACCUGUCCUGGAUCGAGGUCCAGUUUGCACGUGACGCUGUCAGCGUCGUCAUCAAGUCGCGUAUUCUCCUCAAGUGGUCCUACUGCAUGGCCUUCUAG